AUGUCGUCCUCAUAUCCUCAUAAUCAGCCUGGCUCCAUUCUUGAGAAGCUGAACGAGCAUGACUACCAGGUUAAUGAGGAGGAAAACGAUGAAGCCCAGACUGGGGAAGCCUUUAUGCGUAUCUACAUUCAAGUUCCCCAUCGGAAGACUGAAAUGGAUGAUGCGGAUACCAGAAGCCGACAAGCCACAACAUACAACCCCCUGGAACUGAUCGCCUACCGGGAUCUCACUGAAGAAGGCUCGAGUGACACACCAAAGCUUCUCGGAUACAAGACCGAUAAACAGGAUCGCUCGGGGCUAGUUCCGGGUGGGUUCGUCAUCUGGCUUGCGUGGGAGAUCGUCCCAGGGCUGCGCCUCGGAGACGGCAAUGGCGCUGACCCAUAUUGGGCUCUCAAAAGCUACGAAAGGGAGCAGGUUCGCUUGGCUUUCCUUGAGGCUCUACCUAAGCUGCAUGAGAACGGGUGGUUCCCCCGUAAGGCCGGUAGGCCCGAACGUCCGACUAUCUUCGGUGCUAACUGGAUUGCGCAUUUCGAUCUCGCUAUGCCGGACCCGUCUACGGAUUAA